AUGUCUCAAUCAUUACCUAUUCAUGCUGAAUAACGCAAGUUAUUUGUUUUGCAGCAAGUCAGCGCACUUGAAACUCUCUUUUAGAAGUGGAUCAACUCCAACAAUCUAAACGAAGAACAAAACCUAUCCUCUCAAAUCGAAGAGCAAGUCACGCAAAGUCAAACAGCCACACAUAUUUCUCAUUUUCAAGGUUUCUUAACCUACCUCCGUUCACUGAAUAAUAACGAAUUGGAAUGUCACACCAUCAAAUCUCUAUAAUAGCACUUUGACUACAUGCAAUAGGUCCUGGAGAAUGAGGUUAAACUCUAUUCAUAACGCCAAAUUCUCAAGGAUCAAAAUCAAUAGGACAAUAAGAAGGGCCACAAGUUUUCAAAAAAGUCUAAUAUUAUUCUCAAAGGUUGGUUAUAUAAGCAUUUUUCAUACCCUUAUCCAACGAAAGAAUAAACAAUCCAAUUGGCUGAGAAGUGCGAUCUUACAUGCAAAUAGAUUUAAAUUUGGUUUAUAAAUGCAAGAGGGAGGAUUGCCAAUAAAACUUAUGAAGAAAAGAAAUUUAAGAAUAUUGUUAAAUACAAAUACCUAUCAAUAAACAAAGUACAAGAAAAAUCAAGAGAAUGAAUUUUAUAGAUCAAACAUCAAUAUAUAUUUUAUGACAUUUAAUUGGGUCUUCUGUUUAAA